AUGCAGCGCCUCCUCUUCGCGUCGAGUCUCGCGCUCCUCGCGUCGCUCCCGUGGGGCGCCUCGAGUCCAGCGAAGAGCCCGAAAGAUAAAGGCACGCCGCUGUUCCCCGACGGGCACCCGAACAUCACGUUCUUGACCGACAAGAACUGGGACGAGCACAUGGCACUGACUGACAAGCCGUGGCUGGUGGACUUUUAUCACCCAUUCUGUCCGCACUGCAAAGAGUUUGCCCCCCGCUUUGUGAAAAUUGCUGCCGAUUACAAGGCAGAGGGAAAGUACCAUGUGGGUGCCAUGAGCUGCAUGGACCACGUCAAGUGUCGUCGGGUGGCCAUCACGGGCUUCCCGACGCUCAUGGCUCUGAAUUUUGAUGUGACCAAACCCGCGGCGGAGAACAAGCGGAUCGUGGGGACCCACACGGUGCAGGAGGUUAAGGACUACGUCGACAGCGUCGUUGCUGAAGUGGCGUUCAACACAACGGGAACGUGGCCCCCUGGGUACACGCCUCCGGUGAUUAGUCAGCCGAAGAAGAACGCCACCAAGGGCGCAAAUGAAACGUCAGUGGUCACUGAGAUGCCAAAGGUAGCGAUCUGGGAAGAGUCGACGCUUCCAAUGAACCAGACGACGCGCCUUCAGGACGCAGCUUCCGCGUUUGUGUUUGGACUGAAACAGGGCGUGUUUAUGGCUAGUGACGUCAUGAAUGAAGAGGAGCUGGAUGCUUUGAAAGGCUGGUUGAAGCUGGUGUCAAGGACCUUUCCUGGUGCAAUCAACCGCAAGGUGAUCACGUCGUUGUACGAGCAGCUGAAGGAUAAGGAGAUGCUGGACUUCGACUCGUGGGACGCGAUGUUGAAGUCAUGGCAGGAAGGCUCUGUUGCGGCUUUCAAGGCAGAGGAAGAUCGGCUGAGUGUGGCUACGGGAGCUGAGGUCGCCGAAUGGCAGAGGUUGAGCGACUUGUUCCUCGGACAAGGGGCAACUUAUCGCGCAUGCGCACUGUACACAUGCGGGCAAUGGACUAUGUUUCACAUGCUGACGAUGAAUCCGCCUGAGAACGGGACACGCAGCGACGAGCUCAUGGUAUCUGUCGCAGCGUCGAUUCGUCGAUUUGUCAAGCACUUUUUCGGGUGCGCGGACUGCCGCGAUCACUUUUUGACGGAGAAUACCAUUGAGGUUGUCAAGAAGAUCAAGGACGCGGAAGACAAGCCACUGGCGUUGCGUCGUUGGUUGUGGGAGCAGCACAACGCGGUCAACAAGCGCGUACACCACCCGAUUUGGCCAAAGCCGGAGUUUUGUCCGACUUGUGGCACUGAAGGUUCAUGGGAGGUGGUAGAGGUGGACGAAUGGCUAAACCACACUUAUGGGUACCGAGACGUGGGGUUCUCUUUGGCGGAGAAAGUGGACAACGUUUCGAGACCGACAAUUGUAUCGCUACGUCACGAAGUCAAGACAGAGGCACCGGUCGCUGCGGCUGCUGAGAAGGAGUUGAUGGAAGCACGCGCGGUCGAGAUCGCCGGUGAGAAAGCUAAGAAUGAGACAGUGGAAGCGAGCGCGGUUGAUGUCGUUGAGGAGAAAAAAGCUGAGAGUAAGGUGACGGAAGCGAGCGAGGACGAGACUGCCGGAGAGAAGGUCAAGGAGGCGUGGCCUUCUAUAGCGGAGCCCAAGGGUGGCUACGACUACCGUCCAAAGGACGCGGAGCUCGGUAUCGAAAAUGCAGCCAACACGAAGGAGCUUGUUGCAAACACGAAGACUGAGCCUGAGGGCGGACUGCAGGGCGCCGCUGCUCCGCGUGUGACGCUUUUUGCAUGGUACAUUAUCCCCGUUGCCGCGGUGGGUGGCUACUUGUUGUUUGCGCGUUCCCGUGCCACGAAGCAGAGAAUUUAUCGCCAGGUUCAGCGUGGCUGA